AUGCCUGUUAAAAAAUCUGUGAGUGAGUUGCCAGAAGUAUCAAAUGAGCCCCCUAAGAAAGACAUCAGUGGAUCCACCACCACAACAUUCACAAGCUCAGAAAAAACUCUGCCUUCCCCUGUAACCAAAACAGAGACCUACUCAAAGAGCUGGGGACCAAGCAAUGACAAUACCGAGCUGAAAACUACGACCAUUACAACAGUGACAACCCUUAACUCAGCCAAUGACAAUAAGAAAACUCCAAGUAAUACUCAGGACAGUUUUUAUGAUAGUCCGUUUUCUCCUGGUGUGUAUAUCAGUCCUGUCAGUCAGAAAAGCAGUCCUCCUAAUAUUCUGAGCUACAGGUCAUCUCAAUCAAAGUACGACGCUGGCACUGAGAGUGAAACUGCAUCCUCUGAACUUCGAUCAUCUACAGUUUCCUCAAGCAGAUCCACCACCACAACAUUCACAAGCUCAGAAAAAACUCUGCCUUCCCCUGUAACCAAAACAGAGACCUACUCAAAGAGCUGGGGACCAAGCAAUGACAAUACCGAGCUGAAAACUACGACCAUUACAACAGCAACAACCCUUAACUCAGCCAAUGACAAUAAGAAAACUCCAAGUAAUACUCAGGACAGUUUUGAUGAUAAUCUGUUUUCUCCUGGUGUGUAUAUCAGUCCUGUCAGUGAGCAAAGCAGUCCUCCUAAUAUUCUGAGCUACAGGUCAUCUCAAUCAAAGUACGACGCUGGCAUGACUCUCAGACAGACUCCAACAUUAUCCCCAACUAUGUACUCCUCAGCUGCAACUCCGUCUCUUUCCCAGGCAACUACGACCAGGACUGUCAGUAAAAGAGAUCUCUGCACGGUUUGUGGUAAAUGCAUUACUGGAGAAGGCAGGAUGAUUCUGGAAGACCUUCAGAUCUUCAGUCACAGCUCCUGCUUCAAGUGUGAGCUCUGCCGGAUCUCUCUGGGCGCUCUGGAGGCAGGCGACAGCCUGUGGGUGUAUAAGGGAAUGGUCCACUGUGAUAACUGCUACAAGAAGACCAAAGCUCAGUGGUUUCGUUGA